CAUGUCAUCGCAACCACUCGUCAGUCGUCUCACCCAGAGUUGGAUCAACUCAGAGACAAACACCCGAAUAGACUCCAUGUCCUGCAACUGGAGGGCACUAAUUAUAACAGUUUCCCGGGGUUUGUUAAACAAGUCGAAGCCAUAGUGGGUGACCAGGGAUUGGAUACUGUCAUCAAUAACGCGGGUAUUUUACUCGACAAACGUCUGGAUUCAGUGACCGCUGAGGAUAUGCUAAAGAAUUUUGAAGUGAAUUCUGUGGCACCGCUUAUGUUAACCAAAGCAUUGCUGCCAUUGCUUAAGGUAUCAGCUCAAUCUAAGCGGCAAACUACCCUGGCCAAUAUAUCGACAAUAUUGAGCUCUAUUACUAAUAUACAUAACAUGAAGGCGUAUAUGUUUUAUCCGUACAGUGCCAGCAAAGCGGCACUUAAUAUGAUUACCAAAUGCCUGUCCGUGGACUUGGGUCCCGAAAACAUCCGGGUCCUGUCCAUACAUCCGGGUCACGUGCAAACAGAUAUGGGUGGGCCUAAUGCAGGCAUUACUGUUAACACCAGUGUUCAGGGUAUUCUCAAUGUCAUUAAGAAUACCAGUGACGAGGACCUUGGCAAAUUGAUUACAAUGAGUUUCGAGACAGUGUUGAUCACAGAAAGCGCUAACAGAGGUAUUGGACUCUCAUUAGUGCGACAGGUGUUGACCACAACUCACGCCAAACAUGUCAUCGCAACCACUCGUCAGUCGUCUCACCCA